CCUAAAACGGCGUCGUAAGAAGGAGAGAGUCGCGGGUCUCUAACGUCUGGAAGAGGCAAAUAUUCACCGCGAACAGCUCCAUUUCCAAACUCAGACUCUUCAGAGAGGGAGAUUGAAGAUGACGGUUAAUGUUGGAAGAGAAAUAGUAGAUGGCGAACCGAGCCCUAAGCCCUAAAACCCAAAGCUUCAGAUUCAGAUCUACUGCGUACUACGUGAUCUCUCCUUCUCCUUCUCCUUCUAGCUAAUUGACUCUGCUACUAAAUCAGAACCAGAUCGCAUCCAAUUUCUGCAACGCCGAUCUGAUCCUACGCAGAAACCAGUGACCUCAUGGCAGGGGCAGUCUCGGCGCUGUUCCUCCUAGACAUCAAAGGCCGCGUUCUCAUCUGGCGCGACUAUCGUGGCGACGUCUCCGCCGUUCAAGCCGAGCGCUUCUUCACUAAGCUCAUCGAGAAAGAGGUUGAUCCGGAAUCCCAUGAUCCAGUUGUGCAUGAUAAUGGCGUAAGCUACUUGUUUAUACAGCAUAACAAUGUUUACUUGAUGACUGCGUCCAGGCAGAACUGCAAUGCCGCUAGUCUUCUCUUCUUUCUACACCGCAUAGUUGAUGUUUUCAAGCAUUACUUUGAAGAGUUAGAAGAGGAAUCACUUAGGGAUAAUUUUGUGGUUGUGUAUGAGUUGCUUGAUGAGAUGAUGGACUUUGGUUACCCUCAGUAUACUGAAGCCAAGAUUCUCAGUGAAUUUAUCAAGACUGAUGCUUACAGGAUGGAAGUUACACAGAGACCUCCCAUGGCUGUAACAAAUGCAGUGUCUUGGCGCAGUGAAGGGAUACGCUACAAGAAGAAUGAGGUUUUCCUGGAUGUGGUGGAGAGUGUUAACAUACUUGUCAACAGCAAUGGACAAAUCAUUAGGUCUGAUGUUGUUGGUGCGUUGAAGAUGAGAACUUAUUUGAGUGGUAUGCCAGAGUGUAAGCUGGGCUUAAAUGAUAGAGUUCUGUUGGAGGCACAAGGCCGAGCAACAAAGGGGAAGGCCAUUGAUUUGGAAGACAUCAAAUUUCAUCAGUGUGUGCGUUUGGCCCGGUUUGAAAAUGACCGGACAAUAUCCUUUGUACCACCUGAUGGAGCUUUUGAUCUCAUGACAUAUAGGCUGAGUACACAGGUUAAGCCUCUAAUUUGGGUUGAAGCUCAAAUUGAAAGGCAUUCAAAAAGUCGUAUUGAGAUUCUGGUAAAAGCCAGAAGUCAGUUCAAGGAGCGUAGCACUGCAACAAAUGUGGAGAUUGAGGUCCCUGUGUUAUCUGAUGCCACCAACCCUGAGGUUCGGACAUCAUUAGGAUCUGCAGCAUAUGCACCUGAAAGUGAUGCACUUGUCUGGAAAAUAAGAUCUUUUCCUGGUGGCAAGGUGCGGAUUCAUUUUAAAUAUCUUUGCACUCAUUUCCAAAAUUAUAUAUAGUUUAAGAAGAUUAUUAUGUUGUCCCCGUGCUGUACACUUCAUC